CCUGUCGCCCACGCACACAUGACAACUGAAAACAAAUUAAAAUGUUUAAUCAACAAUUGACAAAUUGUUUACCAACAGACGUGCACAAUGUAACUCGAUGACUCGAUGACUCGGUGCCGACUCCGCGCAGUCCGCGCUGGCGCUGACUCACACGCGGGCCGGUCGUUCACCCGACGGCAGCGUGUCUCGCUCGUUCCUCCGUGCGCGCUGCCUGCCUCCGUUCCUCGCGAUCAUAUAUGUGAUACUAUUAAUCAAUUACUCGCAGAUCAGUUUGAGCGAAAUUUAAAAAAAAUCCUUUUAAAAUUACAUCGUCGCAUAAAAUGUCUGUUGAGUGGUGACACCACGGUGACGUCACGAAGUGGUUUCCUACGGACUUGAUGUAGAGAGGGGGGUCUCGGCGCGGCACAGUACAGUUAGCCACAGAGUAUCGCGCUCGCGACCGCUGCCACCUCCUCACGGGGAAUGCGCGAGCGUCUGAGGUGUAGUGUGCAGUGUGCAGUGUGUAGUGUGCAGUGUGUAGUGUGUCUGGUGAUGCACUUGGUUGUGUUGUUUAUUUAGGCCGUGUGCUGACCACACGUCGUGUGUGCCGUUUGCUAUGUGAUCUCUACCCGGCUCUGAAUGGAAAGUGACGAACUAUUAAAGUUCGUGUAGACGCGUCACAUUCUAGUUCGGUGUGUACUCUAACGUGCGCUUGCGCAUGACGUCUUGGAAGCCGUGCGCCGCGCCGCCGCCUAUUUCACCGUGAGCACUAUACAGAAUCAGAUGUUCUAGGUACCUUACUGUAUGUCGCUCCGAGACACAUGAUAUGUCAAUACAAGAAGUUGUUGCCCCAUGCGAACCUCUCGUGGUGUUUGACAAGCCAAGCGGCUGCGUUAAGUGAACGACUGAGCUGCCCCAGGAAGCAGCCAUGGCCAGCAGCCGCAGCAGUCCCGACUCACAGCAUGUCACUGGCGCGGCGCUGCGCGAGGACCUGCCGCUGAAGGUGGGCGGCGGCGUGCGCACGCGGUGCUGCGCGCCCGGCCCGCGCCUCAUCCUCACCGCGUUCGCCGUGCUCUCCGCGGCCAUCACUCUGGCGCUCGUUACGCAAAUCUACUACGGUGACUUCGAGCUAGUCCCGCACGGCAGCGUGUCGUCUUCGGCAGCGGCGUGCUCGCGCGCGGGCACGGACGCGCUGAAGGCGGGCGGGCGCGCGCUGGACGCCGCCGCGGCCGCCGCGCUGUGCCUGGCCGUGCUGGCGCCGCACCGUACCUCGCUCGACGCGAGUGGGGCGAUGCUGUACUGGGAGUACCGAGCGGCGCGCACGCAUCCACCCACCCUGUACGAGUGGGGGGGCGCCAGCGAGGACGCCAGCCAGGGCGCCAGCCAGGGCGCCGCCGCUGGGCGCCCGCCGCGCCUCGUGCUCGCACUCGCCACGCUGCACGCUCAACUCGGCGCUCUGCCCUGGCAACAGCUUCUUAUGCCUGCCAUACGUUUAGCUAAAGAGGGCUACCAGGUGUCGGACGGACUGGCAGCGGCGGCGGGCGCGGCGGGCGCGGCGGGCUCCAUGGCCGCAGGGUCCCUGGUUACGGCGCCAGAACUGGCCGCCAUCUUGUCUUCGCUACUGGCCAACACCAGCUCCGAACUUUCGGAAGCGUGGCACGGCGCAGCACUAGUGCGUAGUACGACGCCAGUAGAGACGCGCGCGGGCUCGUGGCGCCUGCUGGCGCCCCCCGCCGCGUCGGGCGCCGCGCGUGCGCUGCAGGCUGCACUGCUGCCGGCGCCGGCCUCACCCGACGAAGCACAACGCCGGGUGAUCGAAGCGCUGCAGGUGGAGUCGCGCGCGGGCCGGCUGCCGGCGGACGGGCCGGCCACGGGCCUGGCAGCCGUGGACCAGUACGACACAUACAUCGCGCUCGUCACAGGGCUGUCGGCGCCUUUUGGCUCGGGGCCGGUGGUAGAGAGCGGGGCGCCGGGCGGCUCGGGCUGGGCGCCAAACAGGGUGGGUUGGAGGCUGGAUGAGCCGCAUGUACAGCUCGACCUAGCACCCGCCAUUUUGCUAGACACUACCGUCUGCGGCACGCGGUACGUGCUGGGCGCGGAGUCGACGAGCGCCCUGGCGCAGGCCGGCGCGGCGCUGGUGGCGGACGGCGCGGCGGGCGCCGUGGAGCGCGCGCGCGUGGCGCUGCGGCCCGCCGGCGUGCUGGCGCUGGAGGCGGGGCGCGCGCCGCCGCCCGCCGCCGCGCUGCCGGCGCCGCCGUCCUACAACGCCACGCCGCCGCACGCCGCCGUCAACCUGGUGCAGCAGCGCGCCGACGCGCUGGCCUCGCACGCCGACAGCCGCGGCGGGGGACUCGCCUCGCGGUUCUGACCUCGCACGCCGACUGCCGCGGCGGGGGACUCGCCUCGCGGUUCUGACCUCGCACGCCGACUGCCGCGGCGGGGGACUCGCCUCGCGGUUCUGACCUCGCACGCCGACUGCCGCGGCGGGGGACUCGCCUCGCGGUUCUGACCUCGCACGCCGACUGCCGCGGCGGGGGACUCGCCUCGCGGUUCUGACCUCGCACGCCGACUGCCGCGGCGGGGGACUCGCCUCGCGGUUCUGACCUCGCACGCCGACAGCCGCGGCGGGGGACUCGCCUCGCGGUUCUGACCUCGCACGCCGACUGCCGCGGCGGGGGACUCGCCUCGCGGUUCUGACCUCGCACGCCGACAGCCGCGGCGGGGGACUCGCCUCGCGGUUCUGACCUCGCACGCCGACUGCUGCGGCGGGGGACUCGCCUCGCGGUUCUGACCUCGCACGCCGACUGC